UAUAUAUUGUACAGUUAUUUUAGAUGGUGGCUGAAUGUAGAAUUUCCCACAGUAAUUGGUGUGGGAUUUGUAGAUUGGCUCUGCUGUUAACUCUGUCAGAGGGUGCUCCUGAGGCCAUACAAGUGUUGUACCUGUGGAAAGGAGGAGAAGGUGAAAGGAUGAAGGGAAAUGAUGACAUUUUGGAAGUUCACAUCAGACACACUCAGCUGCAGUUUUCUAAGGCACUGCAUUGUUUUCUGCUUUGAGUUGACCAUUGCUUUUCAAUAAGGAUUUCCAAAUAACUGGACUUCCUGUCCCUGGCAGUGCCCAAGGCCAGGCUGGACAUUGGGAGCAGCCUGGGACAGUGGGAGGUGUCCCUGUCAUGGCAGGGGUGGCACUGGAUGGGCUCUGAGGUCCCUCCACCCCAACCCAUCCUGGGAUUUUGGGUUGGAGUGGUUUCCCCUCCCCAUGCCCAGUGGGAGCAGCCACCUCAGGAAUUCCUUGCUGCCACAUCAUUCCAGCCCAUGUUGUGUUUCCUGGCACUUUGCUCAUGGAUUUUGCUGCAAUUUUUAAAAAAGCAAGGAACCAGCAAACAAACAAACAAAACCCACGCCAAAAAUCCCCACCAAAACCCAAACCCAGCCUCCCCACCCCCUCCAAAGAACCCAGCCUAACAAACCAAACCAGCUCAGGCCAAGCUGCUGCUCCCCUUCCCUGUUUUGGGAGCUGAGCACUGUAAUUUGCAUCCCAAACAUAGUUGCAGUUCUUGUGGGUUUGGUUCAUUCCUGUUUUGAACUUGAGAAAGGCUCCCCAUCUUCCUUCAUCCCAGCCUCACCACCGAGGGAUCCUCCUGUGUCUGAUGGUUCAGGGAUUAAAAACAGAAUGAUUGAGGAGAGUGGGAAGAGGAGGAGGACCAUGGCAGAGAAGAGGCAGCUGUUCAUGGAAAUGAGAGCCCAGAACUUCGACGUGAUCCGGCUCUCCACGUACAGAACCGCCUGCAAGCUGCGCUUCGUGCAGAAGAGGUGCAACCUUCACCUUGUUGAUAUCUGGAACAUGAUUGAAGCCUUCAGAGAUAACGGCCUUAACACCUUGGAUCACAGCACGGAGAUCAACGUGUCCCGCCUGGAAACCAUCAUCUCCUCCAUCUACUACCAGCUCAACAAGCGCCUGCCCUCCAGCCACCAGAUCAGCGUGGAGCAGAGCAUCAGCCUGCUGCUCAACUUCAUCCUGGCAGCCUAUGACAGCGAGGGCCACGGGAAGCUGACUGUGUUCUCAGUGAAAGCCAUGCUGGCCACCAUGUGUGGGGGGAAGAUCCUGGACAAGCUCAGAUAUAUUUUCUCUCAGAUCUCAGAUUCCAACGGGCUGCUGGUGUUCCCCAAGUUUGAGCAGUUCCUGCGGGAGGUGCUGAAGCUGCCCACGGCCGUGUUCGAGGGGCCCUCCUUCGGCUACACCGAGCACUCGGUGCGCACCUGCUUCCCCCAGCAGAAGAAGGUGAUGCUGAACACGUUCCUGGACACGCUGAUGGCCGACCCUCCUCCCCAGUGCCUUGUGUGGCUGCCCCUCCUGCACAGACUGGCCCACGUGGAGAAUGUGUUCCACCCCGUGGAGUGCUCCUACUGCCACUGUGAGAGCAUGAUGGGCUUCAGGUACCGCUGCCAGCAGUGCCACAACUACCAGCUGUGCCAGAGCUGCUUCUGGAGGGGCCAUGCCAGCGGCCCCCACAGCAACCAGCACCAGAUGAAGGAGCACUCCUCCUGGAAAUCCCCGGCCAAGAAGCUGACCCAGGCCAUCAGCCGCUCCCUGGGCUGCGUGCCCAGCCGGGACCCGCCCCGCCCGCUCUUCCCCGAGCAGCCCGAGCGCCCGCUGGACCUGGCGCACAUCGUCCCCCCCAGGCCCGUGGCUAACAUGAACGAGGCCCUGCUGACCCGCGUGUCCUCGGGAGCGCCCACGCCCACCAAAAGGUGCCACCAGAGCAGCAGCCCCGAGCCGUGCCGGGAGGAGCACGCCCUGAUUGCCACCUUUGUGAGCCGCCUGCGGAGCGGGGCACGUGCCCUGGACAGCCCUGGCCGCCUGGACGAGGAGCACCGGCUCAUCGCCCGCUACGCCGCGCGCUUGGCCGCCGAGGCCGGCAAUGCUCCCCGCCCUCCUGCCGACCUGCCCUUCACCUUCGAUGCCAACAAGCAGCAGAGGCAGCUGAUAGCAGAGCUGGAGAACAAGAACAGGGAGAUCCUGCAGGAGAUCCAGCGGCUGCGGCUGGAGCACGAGCAGGCCUCGCAGCCCACGCCCGAGAAGGCGCAGCAGAACCCCACGCUGCUGGCGGAGCUGCGCCUGCUGCGGCAGAGGAAGGAUGAGCUGGAGCAGAGGAUGUCAGCCCUGCAGGAGAGCAGAAGAGAGCUGAUGGUGCAGCUGGAGGGGCUGAUGAAGCUGCUCAAAGAAGAAGAGCAAAAGCAGGCAGCGCAGGCCGCGGGCUCGGCCCAGCCCUCGCCCACCCACGGCCGCCCUCCCGCCGGGCCCCUGCCCCUGCGCCCGGCCUCGGCCGGCUCCACGCCCACGCACGGAGCCCAGGACACGCUGCCGGGACUCGGGGGCGACGUGCACGAGGCCUUCACACAAGGUACGAGGAGGAACCUCCGCAAUGACCUGCUGGUGGCAGCUGACUCCAUCACCAACACCAUGUCCUCGCUGGUGAAGGAGCUGCACUCAGAGCAGAGGGAGUGUUGUAGAAUCAUGGAAUUGUGGAACAGCCUGAGUCAGAGCCACAGGGAUCGUGGAGCUCCUGACCCUGCCCAGGACACCCCAACAAUCCCAGCCUGUGCCUGAGGGCAUUGCCCACAGCUUUCCCUGGUCUCCAUCCCAGAACCCCCUGACACAGCUCCAGCCACCCCCAGGGCCCAUCCCUGGCCACCAGCCAUGCCAGGGACCUCCAAAGCUGGCUCACCAGGAGUGGGAAUGAAAUGAAAAUGGAGUUGCUGACAGGCUGGUGCUCGAGGCGAUGCAGAGACCAGGGAAGGCUCCCCGGGAAGUGUCUGAAAUGGUGUCAUUUGUGUAAAUGAGGAAGAGCAUGAGUUAUCCUCAGCUGAUGGGAGCCAGCAGGAUUUCACACGUCGU